AUGGCCGCCGAGAGACUGCCAACGAGGGAACGCCGCCCGUCCACUGGAGCUCCCAUUGUGGAGAUCCAGGGAGCUGUCGGUCCUGCGGGCAUCACCCGCCCCAAGCACAAGCGCACCUUUACUGGCUUUGGUGCUGGCGAGAUCAAGAGCGUCGAGGCUUCCAUCCCCGAACCCCAGCGCGACGCCUGGACCAAGCACCAGGUCAAUGGCUUCAAGAACAAGGACGAGUUCGAAAAUGAAAUGGUUCGCCAUGUCGAGACGACGCUGGCCCGAAGCAUGUUCAACUGCGACGAGUCUGCGGCCUAUUCAGCUGCCAGCCUCGCUUUUCGCGACCGCCUCAUCCUCGAGUGGAACAGGACCCAGCAGCGCCAGACCUUUGCCGACAGCAAGAGGGUCUACUAUCUCAGUUUGGAAUUCCUGAUGGGCAGGGCUCUCGACAAUGCCAUGUUGAAUAUCGGUCUCAAGGAUGUCGCCAAAGCCGGUCUGUCUGAUCUCGGAUUCCGUGUCGAAGACAUCAUCGAGCAGGAACACGAUGCUGCCCUCGGCAACGGAGGUCUCGGCAGACUUGCCGCCUGUUUCCUCGACAGUCUUGCGUCCUUGAACUACCCCGCCUGGGGUUAUGGCCUGCGCUACCGGUACGGUAUCUUCAAGCAGGAGAUUAUCGAUGGUUACCAGGUCGAGGUCCCCGAUUACUGGCUCGACUUCAACCCCUGGGAGUUCCCCCGUCACGACGUGACUGUUGAUAUUCAAUUCUACGGCAAUGUCCGCAAGUCUCAGGAUGACAACGGCAGGACAACCGCCCACUGGGAAGGCGGCGAGAUGGUCAAGGCCGUCGCCUACGACGUUCCCAUUCCCGGCUACGCAACCCCUUCCACGAACAACCUCCGCCUGUGGUCCAGCAAGGCAGCCAGCGGCGAGUUCGACUUCCAAAAGUUCAACAGCGGCGAGUACGAGAGCUCGGUCGCCGACCAGCAGAGAGCCGAGACCAUCAGCGCGGUCCUGUACCCCAACGAUAAUCUCGAGAGGGGCAAGGAGCUCCGUCUGAAGCAGCAGUACUUCUGGGUUGCUGCUUCGCUUUACGAUAUCGUUCGUCGCUUCAAGAAGACAAAGCGCUCAUGGAGGGAGUUCCCCGACCAGGUGGCCAUCCAGCUGAACGACACCCACCCGACUCUGGCCAUUGUCGAGCUCCAGCGCAUCUUGUGCGAUCUUGAGGGUCUUGAUUGGGACGAGGCCUGGAAUAUUGUUCAGCAGACCUUUGGCUACACCAACCACACUGUUCUUCCCGAGGCUCUGGAGAAGUGGCCUGUCGGUCUGAUGCAGCACCUUUUGCCCCGCCACCUUCAGAUCAUCUACGACAUCAACCUCUACUUCCUGCAGAAGGUCGAGAGGGCCUUCCCCAAUGACCGCGACAUCCUUAGGAGGGUGUCCAUCAUUGAGGAGUCGCAACCCAAGAUGGUCCGCAUGGCGUACUUGGCCAUAGUAGGCUCCCACAAGGUCAAUGGUGUCGCCGAACUCCACUCGGACCUGAUCAAGACCACCAUCUUCAAGGACUUUGUCGAGAUCUUUGGCCCGGACAAGUUCACGAACGUGACCAACGGUAUCACCCCUCGCCGGUGGCUCCACCAGGCCAACCCUCGUCUGUCGGAGUUGAUCUCCUCUAAGACCGGCAGCUUUGACUUCCUCAAGGACCUCACUCUCCUAAACAAGAUCGAGCUCUGCAUCAAUGAUAAGGCCUUCCGCAAGGAGUGGGCCGAGAUCAAGUAUGCAAACAAGGUGCGCCUCGCCAAGUACAUUAAGAGCACGACCGGCGUUGUGGUCAACCCGUCAUCUCUGUUCGACGUGCAGGUCAAGCGUAUCCACGAGUACAAGCGUCAGCAGAUGAACAUCUUCGGUGUCAUCCACCGAUACCUCACGCUGAAGGCCCUAUCGCCCGCGGAGCGCAAGAAGCAGAUGCCUCGCGUCUCCAUCUUUGGUGGCAAGGCUGCUCCUGGCUAUUGGAUGGCCAAGCAGAUCAUUCACUUGAUCAACAACGUUGGCGCAGUCGUCAACAACGAUCCUGAUAUCGGCGACCUGCUCAAGGUCAUCUUCCUGGAGGACUACAAUGUCAGCAAGGCUGAGAUGAUCAUCCCGGCCUCGGACAUCAGCGAGCACAUCUCGACUGCAGGCACCGAGGCUUCUGGAACCAGCAACAUGAAGUUUGUACUAAAUGGCGGUCUCAUCAUCGGUACCUGCGACGGUGCCAAUAUCGAGAUUACCCGCGAGAUUGGCGAGAACAACAUCUUCCUCUUCGGCAACCUUGCCGAGGAUGUCGAGGAUCUCCGACACAACCACACCUACGGCUCGCACUCGGUCGACUCUGACCUGGCCAAGGUCUUUGAGGCUAUCGAGAAGGGCACGUUUGGUGAGCCGCACGAUUUUGCCGGCAUGAUCUCGGCGGUCCGCGACCACGGUGACUACUACCUGGUCUCGGACGACUUCCACAGCUACAUCGAGACGCACCACCUUGUGGAUGAGUCGUACCGCAACCAGGACGAGUGGAUCACCAAGAGCAUUACGAGCGUGGCGCGCAUGGGCUUCUUCAGCAGUGACCGCUGUAUUAACGAGUAUGCGGAGGGCAUCUGGAACAUUGAGCCACUGCCCGUCGAGAGCAAGGACGGUGUUGCCAAGGGCGAGCUGUAG